AUGAUAACUGAACCUCUGGAACCUACCAAGAUUCCCUAUUUUGAACCCAUUGAAGAGAACCUAUAUCUGACUGAAAGGAGACAGUCUAAAGAAAUGAGAAGAAUGGCGUGUGAUUGUACAACUAGUAAAGAAGAUAGAGAAAUGGGAGUAGAAGCUUGUGGUAGUGACUGUCUCAACAGGAUGCUCUAUAUUGAAUGUGGUUCAAGAUGUGCUUGUCUUGAUUAUUGUACUAACAAAAGAUUUCAAAAGAGAGCGUACAGUAAUGUAGAAGUGUUCCAGACGCCAUGGAAAGGUUUUGGUUUGAGAGCUGUAGAAGAACUUAAAACAGAUGAUUUUGUGUUAGAGUAUGUUGGAGAGGUGUUAGACUUUCGUGGAUUUAAGAACAAAUCGCGUCAAUACGCCAAGGAGAACCAGACACAUUUCUAUUUUAUGGCUCUGAACCCUGACGUAAUGAUUGACGCGACAGUGAAGGGAAAUAUUUCACGUUUUAUAAAUCAUAGUUGUGAUCCAAACUGUGAGACUCAAAAGUGGACAGUCAAUGGAGAAUUAAGAAUUGGAUUUUUCACCAAGAGAACGAUUCCACCUGGAGAAGAGUUGACGUUUAAUUAUCAAUUUGAAACUUAUGGACAAAAGGCACAGAAAUGUUUUUGUGGAUCUGAGAAUUGUCGUGGUACUAUAGGUAUUGAGAAACCAGCUAGGUUUAAAUCUAACAAAAAGAAAGAUAAAACUAAGAAGAAGGAAGAAAUGAUCGGAGUUGAUGAAAUUGAAGAACAGAUAGAAAGAAUGAAUGUAGAAGGUCUAACUAAUAAAAAUCAUGUAUUAAAUCUCUGUCGAUUGAUGGUGUACGUUCAACAAACAGAUCAUAGAAUAGCCAUUUUAAAAAUAUUACAGAAUACACCAGAACCAGCUUGUUUAAGACUUUUUGUAGAAUAUCAUGGUUUACCUUUACUCUGGAGUUGGAUGGCAGAUUUAAACCAAGAACCAGCUUCUGAAUUCCAGUUUCAGGUUUUGUCUCUGUUAUCAGAACUACCAAUAACUAACAGAACAAUAUUACAAGACAGUAAAAUAUUAUCUAUUAUUGAGAAGUGGACGGAAACAUCAGAAGCUGAGAGUUAUAUUGAGAGUUAUACUGAGUUACCUCCCCCACCCCCAGGCAUGACACCUGUAGGAAUAUUAUCAUGUACAAAAGAUACCAAGGAAGCUAAAGAUAAACUACAUAAAAAACGUGUCACGUUUGCUGAAGAGGAGCCGAGUUCAGACAGUGAAAUGUCGGAUAUUAAUUGUAUAAUGGCUGAGGCUAGUUCAACUAUAUCUAUAUCAGCUGAAGGUAUAGAAGUAUCUGGUACUGAUAAUACAAUGGAAGUUACUGGUGUUAGUUCCGAGGGUAAUAAUUCAGGACAGGAUGUAGAACAAUCAGAUGAAGUAGAGUCUAGUCAGGAUACAGUAGGAGACGUACCCCAACAUGAAGCUGAUUCUAGUGGUGAUACUAGAGAGAAGAAAGAGGGAGAAUAUUUAAUUGAGGGUAGUGCUACAGAAGAAGAGAGUCAAGAUGAUGAGUCGAGUUCUGACAGUCAAGAUAAACCAACGACCUCUAUUAGUACCGUAGCUAGUAAAUUGUUAGAACACUGGAGUAACUUAAAAGAAGUUUUUAAAAUUCCACGGAAAGAACGAGUUGAAGAGAGAAAAAGAACAGAACAGGAAUUGGGUACGUUUUUUGUACUGAGUCAAACAUGUUUGCUAUUCGCUAUAACCGAUUUGAAUACUAACUUAUAA